AUGCCGUCCGUCGGCGAGCCGCCCUCGUCGCCACCGCCCGGCGGUUGGAACAGUGUGGACGAGGAGUUAAGAUACUACAAAGCGCAAUAUGAGACACUGGAGUCAGAGCUGCAAGAGUUCCAAAACUCGAGCAAGGAGUUGGAGGCAGAGCUCGAACGGGAUAUUGAGGAGAGCGAGAAGCGGGAGCGGCAGCUGCAAGAGAAGGUCGAGAGUUUGGGAUUUGAGGUGAACGAGUGGCAGACUAAAUAUAAGCAAAGCAAGACAGAAGCGAACAAUGCGCAGAAUACGCUGCAGAAAGAGAUAACCACACUCCGAGAGUCGCAGCGUGCGCUACAGCUCAGACUUCGCGAUAUCGAGGUAGCAAACGACGACUUUGAGCGCCAAGCCCGCAACACAACCUCGUCGCUUGAAGACCUAGAAUCGAAGUACAAUGUUGCGAUCGAGCGGUCUGUAAUGUUAGAUGAAGAAAUGAGGAUUGGGGACCAGGAACGAGAAGGCCUCAGGAUAGAGAACCAACGGAUACGGGACGAACUCUCGGACCUCAGGAUAGAAGCGGAGAUUGUGCAAGAGAAGUUGCGUCUGGCUGAACAAACCAUACAGUCUCACCACGAGCGCAAGACCUCUCAUCACUUGCUCUCUACUGACAAGUUAAGGCCGCGGUCACCCGUCUCAGAGACGUCUACCUCGGCGACUACACUAUCAUCACCAACAGCGUCUACUCCGCCGCCAAAGUCAGAUACAUCGGUAGCAGAGUCCACGCCGCCUUCUCCACCAAUAUCCGAGGCCUCCGUACAAUCGAAGAAGAUUCCUGCGACACCACUACCGACUCGUAAGCGGUCGCUCGCGCCUAUGGACUCAGCAGCAACACCACGACCAGGCUUUUACUCAUCUCGACCGCCUCGGCAUUCGCGUGGCCCCAGCAUACCAGUCUCAGCGACGCCCUCAAACGGUCGCUCAACACCAUCAAUCCGGCGAACCGGCGCUCCACCCUCAACUGCUCCGAGGCCGAGCGUGGGUACCAAUGGCGGCGGCCUCCCCCGAUCUGGUUCUCUAUAUCAGAUCCGUGGGCUAAUAGGCAAGAUGCAGAAGCUCGAAGAACGGGUGCACUCCGCCCGCUCGAAGCUCCCAGCACCGACCUACUCCCCACCACGGGCCAGCCCGCGCAACGCCAGCCCGCGAACGAACAGUGCUCUAGGCCAAAACAUCCCCUCCACCGUCACGGUGCGGAGCAGCCGCAAGCGCCCCUCGCAAGCCUCCGCCGCCUCCUCGGUCGCAGACGGUACCAGCAGCGUCAGCAGACUCUCCUUCGGCAUCCCGACCCGCGAAGGCGGCGGCAGCAGCAGACCCUCCAGCCGCGCCUCCGUCACCUCGGGCCUGCAACCACGCCCAUCCUCGCGCAGCAGCAUGUCCGGCGCCCGCACGCCCCUCGGCCACUACGCGUCCUCCUCCAUCUCGGGUGUCGACGGCCGCAUCGCGCCGCCGCGCCCGCGCUCGUCAAUGAGCGGCACCUACGCGCACUCCCACGGGCACUCGCAGUCCCUCUCCAUGGCGUCCUCGGUUAUGCGGGAGAGCUCUGAGGACGCGGGCAGUGAUGGCAGCGCGGGACUCAGGACGCCGAUGCCCAGGCGGACGAGCACGGCGGGUGCGGGCAGCGCGAUUCCGACGCCGAGUGGGUUGCCCAGGCGGCAGAGCGCGGGGCGGAGGAUUAGCGCGGGCGGGGAGGGCGAGAUGGGGCCGCCGGAGCGGCCGCCGCUGGGGGUGGGGAGGAGUCGGAAGUUGAGUGAUUUGGGGGAGACGUAUUAG